UGAAUCAUUGUAGUGGGACAACCUGCAGGCGCGUGCGCACACUAUUUGCAUGCUACAGCUCAUUCCGUCAUAAGUCAUCGAGGAAUCCGCGCGUCUAUUUUGUUUACCAACAAAUUCGACCCGCUAUAAAUCAGUUGUAAACAAAAAGUGCUCAGUUUUAAAUUAAUAAGUUUUUAUCCUGAACAUCUGAUCGACCAUGAAGGCUGUUGUCGGUUUUGUGAUGCUCAUGCUGGGUGCGGUAUGGACCGACAUGGCUGGUGAAUGUGACAUGGCAAGCUUCUAUACGGAGCUGGGCUGCACUCCGGUAGCCAGAGAGGAUGGCGGUCUGUGCCCUGAAGCGUUCACCUGUCCUGAUCUACAUCCAGACCCUACGAUGUGUUACUACAAAGGCGUCUCCUACGGUGACAGGUCCCCCAUACCACAAUCGCUGAUCAAGAACCCGUGUUCCCAAGCCUGCAGCUGCAGCGUGUUUUCCGGGGAGCCACAGUUCAAUUGCGCGGCCGUCGACUGUGUGGAGACGUUUGACAACGAUAUGCAGCAGCAAUGUAUCAACACUUUUGAGGUAGACUCGUGUUGCAGCGUCGGCACUGUCUGUGGCAAAGACGCGAUAGCUCAGCUGAAAACCUGCGAGGUGGAUGGCCAGACGUACCGCGAGGGUCAGACCUACCAGCCUAAGAACACGCGCAAGACGUGCGUCUGCACCGCUAACUACAAUGCGACUGACGAUGCGGCUUACUGCAGGACUAUAGACUGCGGCAUAGAGAUCCACUACCAGUCAGAUUUGGUGCAGAACUGUGCUCCUGUGUUCCCCGGCAAUAUGAGAGGUUGUCCUAUUGGAUUUGAGUGCCCAUCCGAAAAGACCAAAGUAGUCCGCGGUCUCAACAUCCGCAACUUAACAGCACAAUGCGUGUUCGGCAACAGCACCCUGAUCGUGGGUGACGAGGUAACAGUCGAGGAUACCUGCACCAAGUGCACCUGCAACGUGCCUCCAUUCGUCACCUGCAUGAGGAAGAACUCCUGUGACUCUACUGUUCAGUAGCUUUGAGUAAUGGUCUUUAGAAUGUCUUGUGAAGAUGAAGUUGUGUGUUGAAAUGUGAGAUCUGGUUGACUGAUUUGAUGUUGAAGUAUAAAAGAAAUAUUAUUUUAUUGUAGCUGUUGUUUUUUGGAAAGACAUGUCUAGUCGUGGUAAAAGACAUGGCACAAAUGAAACAGAUCGCUAAAUAAAAUGGUAACCAAUGUUUUUAUGUAGAAAGGAAACGAAUUUUAACAAAUAUAUUAUUUUAUUGUUUAAUACAUGGCUUAAUACGAAGAAUAUUUAUUGAAAUUGUAAAUAAGUGGUACUUUAUACUUAAUUAAACUUAGACAUAAAAUCGAAUGUAGGAAUCACAUGACAUUUUUGUUUACUUUAAAUAAGGAUAUUUACAUUAUGUACAAGUACACAGCCUAAGAGGACCUUUGUAAAUUAAAAUUAAUAUAACAAUUAUUAAUUAUGUUUUUAAACUAUGUUGUGACGACUUAAUAAUACUUAAAAUUAAGUACUUAAUAGUUUAAUAAAAUCUUGUAUUAUAUUUGAAUCACAUUAUAGCGAAGUUUAUUUAAAAAAUACUUAUUCAUAAUUUUAUUAGUA